CACAUCGCCUCUCCAUACGCGUCCCGCCGUAUAUAUGACUCCCCUUCGAUCGCCUGGCAGUCCAGAUACACGAGACAAUCAGGAGGACGGGAACUCGUCAUUUCGUUGCCGCGCCUGCCAUCGAGUUUACCUUCGCAAAUCAUGCAUCGUGCGCCACUUGCACAAAAAACAUGGCUGGAUGCGCACAUUUUCCGGCGAGGACAAAUACGAUGUCAUAGUCAGGCAGGCUCACUCAGAGGAUGAUUGUGACAGAUUCAAAAGGCGGUCCAGUACCGUCACCGUGGACUGGGCUGAGAGGGCGAGAGUUCAGAAGCCCUUGUACACCUACACACCAUUGCCAGAAGCCCUCAGGGCCCAACGCCAUCCUAAGGCACCAAAGCGGUCGAAACCACCAGUGUCUCAGAAGACGCAGCUCUCAACCUUCGACCACCCGUGGCGCUACAUCAUGCCCGAUACAGCAUCGAGUGUGUCGUUCACUGUGCGCAGGGACCAGCGAGCGUCCGUGAUCAUCGAGCACCCUGGGCCCCGACUACCACCUAUGCUCAGCCCUCUAGAUCCACAGAAGACGGCUCGCACUGCUGGGCAUCGCGAUGCUGGGGAGGGCAGUCCCGGACCAACGACGCAGAUGCACACUGGGCUGAGUUUGCCACAUAUCGCACCGUUACUGAGCGUAGGAACGUCGAAACAAUACGAGAGUAACCAGCAUGGAGCGCAAUGCAUUAGCACUGCUCCGCAUCCGCGUCUUUCAGCAACCGUUUCUCCUCAUGGCGCCGUGGAUGCGGGUUUGCACGCGCUCAGGACGAGAUACCAGCACGUCGAGUAUCCGGGUCCUUGUUGGAGCCAUAUGGACGAGGGGGCACAUUAUUCUCUGCCUCUGCGUGCGACUGCAGCGGGGUGGUGUCCAUCGAGGUCAUCUGCAGCUAGUCCGAGUCAACCACAACACGGACUAGAUGCUGGCUAUGUUUACUACGGACAAGCACGACAUAGGACGCAGGCGGAGUCCAGCCUGAAGUAUGCACUGGGAUGAACGGAUUUCAGCUUUACGUAGGUAGAUACUAGAGCAAUGAAAGAACGGAGAAUUUU